ACGCCGCUUUUUAUCAACGCUCGCGUGUUGGUGACCUUCACACCGGAAAUACUAUAUGUAAACACUGCGAGCACUUGGAGGUGAAAGUGUAGCACCCAGUCCAACAUUAAAAAUGUCAAAAAAUCAGAGAAUAGCGUUGGUAUUUGGAGGCUUUAUUACGGCUGUCGCUGCGGCGUUUUACCCCAUAUUCUUCUACCCGCUCACGCACAAAGAAGAGUACAGAGAUGUCCAAAAGGUGAACCGCACAGGAGUCAACCAGGCAGAUAUCCAACCCGUAGGUGUGCAGGUGUGGUCUGAUCCAUUCAAGACUUCAGGCAAAUGACAACCAGUGGCGGCUAACCCUUCGAUAAAUCCACUGAUGCUGAUGAAGACUUUGAACAGACAGCGCCUGCUUGAUGAGUGCUUGGUGUGCGCGUGAGUGAAUGCUUCCCAGAAUGUGCUUUGGGUUGUAAGUGAUUCCUUAAAUCCUAUGAAUAAAGUUUAAAGCUCUUAUGACUAAAGCACUUUUGCGUUAAUGUGUAAUGUAUUCUGAUGACAGACAAACAAUCAGUGGACGUGAGACAAGAAGCACAAGUUUCGCUUUCUACCCAAAUGUGCUGCUGGAUCUCCUUUGUCCACUAGGGGGAGCUCCGUGCCUAUCUGUCACCACAAAAGGCACUGAGCCAUGUAAUGUUUUGUUUGUCCAUCUUUAGAUAUUUUGGAAAAACUUCUCCAUUUCCAAAAAAAAAAAAAAAAAAGCCUUGCUCUGGUAUGCAGCCUGUGGAAAAUCAUAAUAAAAUACAGCGGUUCUGUUUACCCGUCCUCUUCACCAGAAUCUCUUUUGACAUUUGAUUUUGAUUUAGUUCACAUAAGAGUCUGAAAAAAAGCGGUUCAGCAGAUGAGGGACAAUGUACAGUAAUGUCCAGUAUCAUUUUUCCGAAAAUGGAAAUAGUAGAGACACGGUUCUUCCAGGACACAUCACUCUGUAUUAUCAUUUCUGUGUCACAGACACAUGGUUUAACUGUUUAAACGGCAUGUGACUCCAGCUGUGUUUCGCCCAUAGGCUGAAAGGAGAGGGCAGAGCUCCGUGGUCGUCGUGUUUAAAAGUCCUACUCGAUGCGAUCCAGACUCCCUUUACGAGUCCAUGGGUGCUGCAAAAAGCAGAGAAUACCAAAACUACCAUUUUUUUUUUCUCCCCCCUGUACUUUUGUGGUUUCCUGACAUUGACCAGCAUCCCCCCCCUUUUUUUCAGCGUUUGGUUCAUCAAAGUCCUCUUUGGAGGAAACAUAGAUUAAGAGAGGGCUAAAGCAUGUGUUUAUGGUCCUUCAGAGACGGUGCGUUUUUUAAAAAGUUGCCCAUAAAUCUUUCGCAGUCCCCCUGAUGUAGCCUGUACUUUCAGACGUUUGGGACCAUUUCGUGAGGCCUACCGCUCGCAGAAAAAAAAAAAAAAAAAACGACUGCGCGGGCCAGCAGCGGCCACUCUCCUUCUCAACCCCCCAAUCAACAAGCCCCAUUGUUUAUGAGAGGUUGUUAUUGUUGGGCUGCAAUCAGAAACAAGAGAAAACUCAAGAGCCCGGCUGUACAGAGGCGUCCAAAGUAAAGAGAGCAAGGGGUGAGAGGGAGGGGAGGGGGGUUAAAAAGCAGAAAUUCCUCUCAUUCCCCGAUGGUGUUUUCCAGAUUCCUCAAGCGACAGCUUCUCGGGCUGCGCGAGUGAAGUAAGCGACCAGAGGGGAAAUUGAAGCUAACGGCGAGAGGAAGAGAACCACAUUCUUGAGGGGACGCGUCACCUACACACAGAAUAGAGAGAGAGAGAGACAGAGAGAGACACUCGAUCUCUGUUAACUUCGCCUGGCAAAGUAUGUAACAGGUCGUGCAGCAUGUCCUUCGUCUCGCUUGGGCCAUGAAUCAGUGUUUUUGAAUCGCUGUGACAUUUCAUUUCAAACGUGAUUCUUACGUCUGUCCAUUCAGAAGAAGCAGGGCCUCGAGUCUGCACCGGGUUAUUUUUUUAAUGGCUCUGUGUUGCCUCGUCCUCCUUUUUUUGUGUCCCAUUCAGCGGAAUAUGUAGAUAGACACCCAUCACUAUAAAACUUUCAAUAGGGUCAGAGCGCACUAUAAACCAACAUGAACUCAACAAUGUGGCCCCCACAGCACUUUUUACUCUCCCACUAUUAACCCAUCACACAAAUCUGCCCCAGCUAUUGAGACGGUGGCACACAGUCGCUCCGAGCGGUUUGUCAGGCGUGUGUUUUCCAGAGUGGCAGAUAAUUGGCCACGGUUUUCCUAACUAAUUGCCAUGGGAACAAGGGUUGACAGACAGGCCACGGGGGUUGGAGUAACAGCCGGGAGCAUUCGGGGGGGGAGGGUGGGGUUGUAUAAAAUAUCAGCGGAGCGAACGCCUCGCUCGAGUCAAGUGUGUAAAACAGGACCAGAAAGUAACAAGUGAACAAAAACAAGAACUCUGGAGAGCUCUGAAGGGCCUCUCGACGACACGGCGGCAUUCAUGUCUAGUUGAAGGGAAU